CCUGGAUUCACCCUCAAAUAAUUCCGACUUCUCCUCCUUGGCUGAAGGUUCUCUGCGGUGACAGUGUUACGUUAGCUGUCUGUCAGUUUAAACGUUUCCUCUACAAUGUCUGGUCGUGUUCUGGUCGGAGUUAAGCGGGUCAUUGACUACGCUGUAAAGAUUCGUGUGAAGCCAGAUAACAGUGGUGUGGUGACGGAUGGCGUUAAGCACUCAAUGAACCCCUUCUGUGAGAUCGCUGUGGAGGAGGCGGUCAAGCUGAAGGAGAAGAAGCUCAUUAAGGAGGUUGUGGCUGUCAGUUGUGGGCCACAGCAGUCACAGGAGACCAUCCGUACUGCCCUUGCCAUGGGGGCUGACCGUGGCAUUCACGUGGAAGUGGCUGGAAAAGACUAUGAAACCCUCGGGCCCCUGCAGGUCUCCAAGAUCAUGGCUGCUUUGGCCAAGAAGGAAGAUGCUCAACUCAUCAUCCUUGGCAAACAGGCCAUCGAUGACGACUGCAAUCAGACUGGCCAGAUGACAGCGGCUUUACUGGACUGGCCUCAGGGUACCUUUGCGUCAGAGGUGUCACUAGACGGAGACAAGGUGAAGGUGGUGAGAGAAAUUGAUGGUGGCCUGGAGACUAUUAAGAUCAGCACACCGGCAGUGUUGACCGCAGACCUUCGACUCAACACCCCCAGAUAUGCCACCCUGCCUAAUAUCAUGAAAGCCAAGAAGAAGAAGAUUGCCAAUGUGAAGCCUGCAGACUUAGGGGUGGACCUCACAUCACGGUUGGAGGUGUUGAAAGUGGAGGAACCCCCGCAGAGGCAGGCGGGAGUGAAGGUGGAGACAGUGGAAGACCUGGUGGGCAAACUUAAGGAGACAGGGAGGAUAUAGAGACUUCAGGAACACAAGCAGGGGAGCACAGAUACUAGCAGAAGGGAUUCUCUAACGAAUCACAAGAUCGCAUUACAUAAGCACACCCAGGGGACUCGCUUAUGUAUUGUUCUCAUCCCUCUGUUUGACACUGUGGUUCCUGAUGAUAUGCAGAGAAGCACUGAGAUACACUGUCCUGCAGUCAGACAACCCUCCAAGAAUCACCCUGUCUUUAAUGUACAUUUUAACUUGCAUGGGUGGAUCAUUUGUAUCAUAGGAUCCUAACGUGGCCUUGGAAGAGCAGUCUUUGUGCAAUGAUUUAAACCCAUGCUGCUGUUAAUAUUAAAAUGUAUAUUAGGUCUACCAUAAUGCUGCAUUUUGCCCAUAGCUCCUCAACACUGUUUAAUUUUGUAUGUCUGUAGUCACACAUGUUUAAAGGUGCAGUUCUUGUAAAUGAUAUAUGUAAAUAUGGACCCAAACAUGUAGAGAUGAUUACGUCCAAAAUUAGCAUCACAACUACUGGUAAUCUGUAAAGCUAAGGAAAUUCUAACUGGGUUUCAGGACUUAAAAGACAGUGUCUCUCAGUAUGUGCAAAGGAAAAUGAUCUGAAAUCUGACUUUUACCUUGAGCGCCUCAAUUCUCUGUGGAUUGUACAGAACCUUACCAUGACAAUAAAACAGCCAGUCUUUUUCAUAUCUACAGUUGUGACUGUUCUUCUAGCAUUUCUUUUUGAAGUGCUUGCUCAAAGAGAAUCGCUGAAUUUGUUGGGUUUCUCUCCAUAAUACAAUAUUGUAAUGUCUUCACCUUACAGUGUGAUGCGCCUUGAGAUGACGUAUGUUUUGAAUUGGUGCUAUAUAAAUAAAAGUAAAUUUAAAAAAUUGUA